AUGCACCCUUCAAGUUUCCGGGACAAGUCUCUUUUACUUUUCAUAGCAGGAGACCUGACUAUGUCUGUCUUCCUUCGAGCUGUGCUAAGAUUUCAGGGGCCAGCCGCAUGGGGGAGACCUCUUCGCCGGCUGUGGUGCUGCACUGGGCUGGGGGAUUCCAAAAGGUGGGUGGCCAGCAAGUCUCCCACCUCGCAGAAGAAGUCACCAGGCACAGAGAUGGAGAAAUUCCACACAAUCUACCGAUUCAGAGUCAUCAAAAGAUUUGGGUUUCUAUCUCGGCUGAAGUUGGCGCAGACAGUUGUGACUGUGGCAGCCCUACCCCCAGGCUUGUUCUGGUACUCACAGGGCCUUGUAACCCUCAAUUCACUCCACAUUAUGUGUGGGAUCUCUUGCUUCACCCUGGCCGUGCUGUGCAGGAGGCUGGUGGGCUUCAUGUAUGUGAAUGAGUCAGGUACCAUGCUUCCAGUGUCCCACCUGCCCUUCUGGGGGCGGCGACAGGAUACGUACUGUGUAGUGUCGGAUAUAAUACCCCUGUCAGAAUCCAAGGAAUAUGCCCAGGAUCUGUUGGUACGAAUCCAGCAAUAUAGUGGCAAGCAGACCUUCUAUGUCACCCUGCGCUAUGGCCAAAUCCUGGACAGAGAACGUUUCUCACAAGUGUUUGGAACCCUGACCACACUCAAGUAAAGAAUAGCAACUAGGCCUCCAGGUAGCCCUGGUUACACUUGGAUUUUAGACAUGAAGGCCAAGAACAUUGAUCAGGCAGAAUCUAAUAACUAGGGGCUAGGGCUGAAACUCGGGUGGUAGACUGCUUGUCUAGUAUGUAGGAAGUAAAAUCC